AUGUCUUUUCGACCACCACGUUCACUGCCUAUUCUUACGCUUUUCCAUAGUGUCAAGUCUGAUAAAUCAAGAGCAGCACUUGCAUUAUUACAGAACAAACAAAAAAACGCCAGAGGAGACGAUACCUAUAAAAUCGACAUUAUUGACCAUCAAACACCUACCGAUACUCAACUGAAGCAAGUUGCUAGUUUUCUCCAAAGUCCUACACCAUGGAAAGACAUGAUCGUCGAUCAUAAUGCCAAUAAUGCUCAAGAUGCUAUUCAGGCUAUUCAAGACAAUCCCAACUUACUCAAUCGACCUAUUGUGGUGGACUGGCAAAAGGGCAAAGCAGCCAUUGGUUCACGUACAUUGGAUACCAUUGAACAAUUAAUUAAACAAGUACAUCAAUAA